AAGCCAAUAAGGUUAGGACAAGAGAAUAGCUGUGGUUUGCGUUGCAAAAACAAAAAAAGCCCCGAGGCUCCAUGGGCAGACCUACAAGGCUGCGCAAACAAAUCGAGGGAUGAGAUUCUGCUGUUUCUUUGUCUAGGGUUCUCAGAUGCUAUCUGCUGCUGCUGUUUAGUGGGGAAAGAGCGAGCGCAGGGCUCAAGGCUGUUACUACACAGGACGGUGGGAGCUGAUGGCUCCGAGUUUGGGGCGAGAUAGAAACUCUCCAGUGCCACUUCCGACUUUAAGUCUUCCUGUUGCAGUCCGCUGUGGCGGUUUUCUUUCUGGGGAAAGCUUUUUCGUUCACUCGCUCCGCUACCCGAGCCUGCAGCAGGAGCAACAACCAGACGGCUUUCCAUUUAGCCGGGGUUCACCCUCCAGAGGCGCUCCGCUUCUAGAAGCGCUAGGGCUCCACUGAGACCUCCUAAAAUCACUUACUCGUCUUUAUCCGGGAGCAAAACUAUGUAAGGAAUGGAGGUUUGCUAAACCAGAAAAUUCGAAGGAGCAUAUUAAACUGGUGGAUGCAGCAGAUGUAAACACUGUGCAAACAUCUCAAACCAGUUCAGAUGUUGCUGUUUCCUCAAAUUGCAGGUCUAUGGAAAUGCAGGAUCUAACCAGCCCGCAUAGCCGUCUGAGUGGUAGUAGUGAAUCCCCCAGUGGCCCCAAACUCGAUAACACUCAUAUAAAUAGUAAUUCCAUGACUCCCAAUGGCACUGAAGUUAAAACAGAACCAAUGAGCAGCAGUGAAAUAGCUUCAACAACAGCAGACGGGUCUUUAGACAAUUUCUCAGGUUCAGCAAUUGGGAGCAGUAGCUUCAGCCCAAGACCAACUCACCAGUUCCCACCACAGAUUUAUCCUUCCAACAGACAGUAUCCACAUAUUCUCCCUACCCCUUCCUCACAAACUAUGGCUGCAUAUGGGCAAACACAAUUUACCACAGGAAUGCAACAAGCUACAGCGUAUGCCACAUAUCCACAGCCAGGGCAGCCAUAUGGAAUUUCCUCAUAUGGUGCAUUGUGGGCAGGCAUCAAGACUGAAGGUGGAUUGUCACAGUCUCAGUCACCUGGACAGACAGGAUUUCUAAGCUAUGGUACAAGCUUUGGUACCCCUCAACCUGGACAGGCACCAUACAGCUACCAGAUGCAAGGUAGCAGUUUUACAACAUCAUCAGGAUUAUAUACAGGAAAUAAUUCACUGACAAAUUCCUCUGGUUUUAACAGUUCACAGCAGGACUACCCAUCGUAUCCCAGUUUUGGCCAGGGUCAGUAUGCACAGUAUUAUAACAGUUCACCAUACCCAUCACAUUAUAUGACAAGCAGCAACACCAGCCCAACAACACCGUCCACAAAUGCCACUUACCAGCUUCAAGAACCACCAUCUGGCAUCACCAGUCAGGCAGUCACGGACCCCACCACAGAAUACAGUACAAUCCAUAGUCCAUCAACACCCAUUAAAGACUCAGAUUCUGAUCGAUUACGUCGAGGUUCAGAUGGAAAAUCACGUGGACGCGGACGAAGAAACAAUAACCCCUCACCUCCUCCUGAUUCUGAUCUUGAGAGGGUAUUCAUCUGGGAUUUGGACGAGACAAUCAUUGUUUUCCAUUCCUUGCUUACCGGGUCUUAUGCCAACAGAUAUGGGAGGGAUCCUCCCACUUCAGUUUCCCUUGGACUGAGAAUGGAAGAAAUGAUUUUCAACUUGGCAGACACACAUCUCUUUUUCAAUGACUUAGAAGAAUGUGACCAAGUUCAUAUAGAUGAUGUCUCUUCAGACGACAAUGGACAAGACCUAAGCACGUAUAACUUUGGAACAGAUGGCUUUCCAGCUGCAGCAACCAGUGCUAAUUUAUGCUUAGCAACUGGUGUGCGAGGCGGUGUGGACUGGAUGAGAAAGUUGGCCUUCCGAUACAGACGAGUAAAAGAGAUCUACAACACCUACAAAAACAAUGUUGGAGGUCUGCUAGGUCCCGCCAAAAGAGAAGCCUGGUUGCAGCUGAGGGCAGAGAUCGAAGCCCUAACGGACUCCUGGUUGACCCUGGCUCUGAAGGCGCUCACACUCAUUCACUCCCGAACAAACUGUGUGAAUAUUUUAGUAACGACUACUCAGCUCAUCCCAGCAUUGGCAAAAGUUCUGCUAUAUGGAUUAGGAAUUGUAUUUCCAAUAGAAAAUAUUUACAGUGCAACUAAAAUAGGAAAGGAAAGCUGUUUUGAAAGGAUAAUUCAAAGGUUUGGAAGGAAAGUGGUGUAUGUUGUGAUAGGAGAUGGUGUGGAGGAAGAACAAGGAGCAAAAAAACAUGCCAUGCCUUUCUGGAGGAUCUCCAGCCACUCAGACCUCAUGGCCCUACAUCAUGCCUUGGAGCUGGAGUACCUGUAACAGCCACAUAGCACUUUGAAGCCCCACAACUGCCCUGUGACCAGGGACAAACCCAGCAGGCCUGAGUCUCGUGUCAGCGCUGGAUGACAGAACUUGGCGAUUUCAACAUAUUGAUGCACAACUGCUGUGGGUCUUGACCUGUUGCCCUUGUGGCAAAUGGAGGACCAUGUCUUUUCCUUCAGAACAGCUGUUGAUUCUGGUACUGUGAAUCCAAUGAAAACAAGCCAUGAGAAUGUUCUAACCCAGUGUAAUGUGUCUUUGCCACAUUAACUGCACGGUUCAAACCUGUGAAGAAAGGACCUGCAAACACUUAAGUUUUUGGCGUCUUCAGUGUGACCUAAACAGCACAUGCAGCAAACUUGAUUGCACAACAAGGACUGAAACGUGCGUCCUGAAAACCAGUGGAGUAAUUUUCUUGUAAAGAAGGUUUACUUUUUGGUGUCUCAUACCCAGGGUAAUCUGUACAUCUCUACUUAUUUAUGAACAGACUUACUUUAAAAAAUAAAAACAACCUUGUUGAGGUAUAGUUCGCAUACUAUACAAUUCAUUCGAACAGAUUUUAACAUCAAAUAAUCCAAGAGACAACAGCAGAAGAAAUAAGUGAUUGAAGGCAUUUGCCUCACGACACAGCAAGUACUCCUAAUUUUAGCACAUUGCAAAGUAGUUUAAACUAUUGUCUAAUUUAAGCAUAUAAUAUGUACAUCACUGAGACAAUCAUGUACAGAAAGAAUUUUUGGUGUAAAUUUGUAAUAUGGAUGAUUCUUUUACAUAUUGUUUAGGAAAACGAUAUUGAAAGGUAGAAAUGCCUUGAUAGUGAAAUAUGAGGAAAUCCAUACACAGACUCAUGUGUGGUGCCUCACUGAAUGAAGUAUUGGAUAUAAAUAUGUAGAUAUUGGAAUUUUUUUUUUUUUUUUUUAGAUAAUGUUGUCAAGACCAAAAGCAUGGAUGUCAAGUGUCAACAGGAUUUUGUUUUUCCAAAAAUGUUCCCAUCAGUUGU